AUGGCAUCCGGCUUUGGUCUCAAUGGCGGCCCCUCGCGCUGUUAUGCCUUUUGGCAGGAACUUCUCGGCUGCUACGUUGUCAAUGGCGGAGAGGGCGUGGAAGGCAAGAAGAAAUGCAUUCCAGCUCUAGAGGAUUACACCGAGUGCCUUCACCACACCAAGGAGGUUGUCCGGGCAAAGAAAAUCCAAGCGGCAUACCGCAAAGCCGAGGCGGGCUUUGCCAGAGAAAACGAACCCAAGGCAGAAGAACUCCGAAAUCUGGGCUUACUAGGCAAGGAAGAAGACACAAGAAAGGUUCUGGGCUCAUGA